GAGCCAUGAGGGCUCCCUCUACUGACCUGUAGAGUAUUUGCUGCACUUUAGCACCAGGACUCUAUUUCCCACUAUUCAUUGCACCACCAACCCAGCACACCUGUUUACCGUUUGUAAUCACCCGGUCUAUUUAAGCUCACUCAGAACGCUUUCGUGUUGUGAGGUAUUGUUAACACCGUCUGCAUACUGAGUGUUUAUUCUGUUCUGUCUAUUGCCCUGUUUUUGACCUUGCUUGUUUUUUGUGUUUGUGAAUGUUUGCUGCCUGCCCUGACCUACGCCUGGAUUAUUGACUUCUGCUUUUGGAUUUCCUUUGAUGUUGUUGUUUGCCUGAUGUGUGACCCUUGGCUGUCUUGGAUAUUGCCUAAUAAACCAGCACUUGGAUCUAACCUGUUUCACGUUUGUGACAGAAUAAAUUGCCUUACAAGAUCCAGCAGUUUAUUGCAUCCACCCUGGUUUCAUCACUGCAUCAGCCAUAAACCCAACGACCAAAUCCAGCAUUCCCAAGUCUUCCGGCACCUUCUCUGACCACUGAUCUAAAGAUUCAGCAGUGAUAUUUCCCCGUACUGAUUGUUGUGUUCCCGUACCCCGACAUGUACAGAUACAGCGGCAUACAAGUUCAAGUGUUACCCCCCUCCACUGAAGAAGAAUGGUGGGACAGGUUGGAUGACUUGAUGUCUCUCCGCCAACAAGGAUGAGUGGUGAGUGGUUUUGCACAAUUGUUCUGGACAUGUGCGACUGGUUUGAACCUCAGCAACGUGGAAUUAAAGUUGUACUUAAAUGACUGUUUGGAUGAACCUUUGUCGCAAGCAGAAAUGCAAAGCUUACAAAUUUUGGACUUUGAGUUAUUUCAGCAAUUUAGAAAGUCGAAUCUGAUUGAACUUGUGGGAAACCCCGGAUGGAAAAUCGGGUGACAAUAUGGCCGCCACUAUGCUGGUCUCUGUCCCUAAACCAGCCGCUGCCAUGCCUGCCUCUACUCCCAAAAUGGCCACCAACACGCCUGGCUCAGAUCAUAAAAUGGCCUCUACUAUGCCUGAACCCUUGUCUAGGAGGGCAAUCAGAAGAGAACGCUUCGCAAGCCAGGCUGCCGGGUCUGCAAAUACCCCUAAAAUGGCUACCAUUUUACCUGCCCCUGUUUUCAAGAGGGCUACUACUGUAUCUGCACCAGCUGUUAAAAAAAGCCACUGUCCUGACAACACCUGUCCCUCAGAGGGCCGUUACCAUCCUGGCACCUGUUGUCAAGGUGGCUGCCAUUUCCGCAUCCCAACCACUUCACAAAAUGGCUGCCACAUCCCAACCACUUCACAAAAUGGCUGCCUCACCUACCUCUCCUGUUCCUGCAAAACUACUAGUUUCUAGUCUACUGGACCCCCAGAUGAUGUCUCUAUGGGUGUCUAGGAGUCAAAAUCCAGUUAUGUCAAGUUUAAUGAUUCCCAGGGCUACAGAGGUACGUUCUCUCGGUUCCAUGUCUCCUGUAUUGGCCAUGGCACCGCGGUAUGCUUGCUGCUCUUCUGUUUCACCAGGCAGUUCCCAAAUCCAUGAGUCGGAACCAUCUGAAUCUGCUGCUGAGUCCUCUGAACCAAUGGAAUCAGCUGAUUCACCCAGACCCACUGCAUCACCUGGACCAUAUGGACUGAGCUUCUUCACUGAGGAUGAUGUGGAGCUUGUUGACACACUGACAAUUAACUCUUUGGAACAGUUCAAACGUUCACCCAUGGAAUUGUUUCGGAUCGACAGCGGUGACACCUCCCGAGCGCUGUUCUCCACAUCAGUCCAGGGCUCUGAGGUAACGGAGAUCAUUGAGGAUCCUUUGGAGAUUGAAGUAGUGGAGGUUAAAGGUCACUGUGGCGGUUCGAUAGCAAUCAGGGCUCUAACGAGUCCAUGCCAGUGAUUUCUUUCAAAGAGGCCAUGGUGAAGGAUGCAAACAUGUCUUGUAUUGAUGAAAAGACUUUGGAGUUGAGUUAUCCAAAAGCUGGUCAAAACAUUGCUGGUCAUACGCCAUACCACAUAUCCCCUGAGGAGACUUGGGCCCCCAGUGACCGCAGCAGCUUAACGGCUAAGAUGUGCUUGGGAUCAGACAGUCAGCAAGGAGCAUCAGAGUCUGGAUGUCCAAAGAGUAUACAAGAGAGCAACUCCAGUUCUUCUAAGGAGAAACACUCAAGUUUCCUGUCUUUGAGCUGUUUCAAGGACAUUAUUCCAGAUAUCACCCACAGUGACCACCACCACCCACUCAAUGCCUGCUGAAGUCAGCUCACCACCGUCCUCUGAGGUUGAGGAGUCUCUAUCAAUGUCUGUUGAGCAGGGGAUUCCUACGGCGAGUGAAUCGACGAACGAGGACGAAACGUCCUACUCUAAUGGACACGACCCAGAAUACCUCCAGCACCGCCUUGUAUUGUGAUGCUGACCAGUCUACCGAGUUGCUCUGCCUGCGGCUCCACCCUGGUCUCCAGUCCUGCUCUGGUCUCUGGCUCUGCCUGCGGCUCCACCCUGGUCUCCAGUCCUGCUCUGCCUGUGGCACCACCCUGGCCGCCAGUUCCCCUAUGGUCUCUGGCUCUGCCUGUGGCACCACCCUGGCCGCCAGUUCCCCUAUGGUCUCUGGCUCUGCCUGUGGCACCACCCUGGCCGCCAGUUCCCCUAUGGUCUCUGGCUCUGCCUGUGGCACCACCCUGGCCGCCAGUUCCGCUAUGGUCCCUGGCCUCGCCUACAGCAUCGCCCAGUCUACCUGCUCCACCCUGCCCUCUACCCCCACAUGGACCUGGCCUACCGUUCCGCCUCCGUUCCACCACCCUCCGGAUCUACGUUGGAGUGUCUGGAAUCCACUCUUAGCUCUGUUAUGUGACAGCUGUAUUUGUCAGUCCUUUAUAUUUUAAAUAUCUAUAAUAUUGAUAUUGCACAUUUGCUGACUGCUGUAUUCAACUUAACGUCAUGCUCAAGUCGGCAUCUUAUGACAUCAAUGUUUGCAGCUUAACUGCAGUGAUAUUUUAAGAGUACACUCUAAAAAAAACGAUUCGUUGGCUGAACAACCAUUACUUCUAAAAAUAAACUAAACACAAAUAACAAAGUAAUUUUAACUUUCCAACCUCUACUUGGCAUAUAUAGUCUGUAACAUAAAUAUGUUACAAGGUGAACCUAAGUGUAUGCCAAAAUGUCACAUCAACUAGUAUUAAAAUUGCAUCAAAUCUAAUUAUAACAUAAUAUUUUAAGCAUACGACUGAGCCACGUGAUAUGCAAAUCUGGAAAAAAUGAUGGAUCCAUCUGGGGAUGCACACGUGAAGACGGUGGAAAGAGGUAAGCUUAACUUUCUAUAAACUAAGCAAAAUAUUUGAUUUUGAGGUUUUGACACAAAACACUUGUUUGUAGUGUUAGGUGAAGAUUUUUUUUUCUGAAACAGAAAGACAAGAUGCUGAAAAGAGGUAAGAUUUGUCGUUUUAACGUACAUGCAUUUGUGUUAAUGCGUUUGUGGUCUAGUAAGAAACCUUUUUUAAAUUGAAUUUCUGAAUUGCUACGAAUUUAGCUUCAACAAUUAGAAAUGUGUUGCUUGAAUACUUAAAGUCUAGUUUGUACAAGUAAGUUAUUGUAUGAAAGGAGGAACAAGUGUGCAUGCGAUUGUGUGACUGCUAAAAGCAGUGUGCUUCCAUGGAAUGAAUGUUCUAGUGGUUAAUUUGUUUAUUUCAGAAGAAUAUGACCAUGCACGUUUGCAUUAAGAAUUCUGUUCCCGCCCUGGUCCUUGUAAUUAGAUCAUUUUACUAUAUACAAUCUUUUACUGAAAAGGUCUGUUAGUAAGACAAUGCAAUGUCUUGCCUAUUCAUACUAAAUAUAAAACUUUUUUUUUUCUCCUUCUAGUUCAGAGCAAGAAAGAGUUGAAAAAGGGGCAGCAUAAAGGAAGUGUCCUGUUGGAAGUGAACUUUCAUUUGACAUUUGUUGUACAUUCAUGAUGUGUGGUUUUUGGCUUCACCAUUGCAUUGCAGCCUGUUUCAAAAAAUAAAGUGAAAUGCUUUAUUUUGUGAUUUGCAUUUGUAAUUUAUUUUAGUGAAGUGACAUGGUGACCCAUACUAGGAAUUUGUGCUCUGUGUUUAACCCAUCCAAGCAGCAGUGCAGUAUGCAGACCAAUAGCUGAAAAUCUACAAUAAGUUAAAAUUUUACAUUGGU